AUGUUUGCAAAUCGCCCGAUCCCGAGACCGCAGUUCCCCGUUCCCCUCCCCUUCUCCAGGCCUCCACUGUACACCGCGCACGCUGCUCCGGUGCUCCCCUCGGCGAGCGAGAUCGAUGCGGGGGCCGGCGUCAGUGAGGGCGGGGAGAGCCGGCCGCCGUGGCUGGGGCUAGGGGCGGCGGCGUGGGUGCAGGUCGCGGGCGGCGCCAGCUCUACGUUCGCGCUCUACUCGCACGCGCUCAAGGUCGCCCUCGGCGCCGACCAGAGCCGCCUCGCGCUGCUCGGGGUCGCCUGCGACGUCGGCGAGAACGUCGGCCUGCUCCCGGGGGUGCUCUGCAACCGCCUCCACCCGGCGCUGCUCCUCCUCAUCGGCGCCGGCGCGUGCCUGCUCGGGUACGGCACCGCCUGGCUCCUCGUCUCCGGUGUCGCGCCCGCGCUGCCCUACUGGCUGAUAUGGUUUGCGUUAUGUCUUGCUACCAAUGGUGGUGCAUGGUUGGCGACUGCCGUUCUAGUGACCAACAUGAGGAACUUCCCACUCAGCAGAGGUGCUGUUGCUGGCAUUCUGAAAGGGUACUCGGGUUUAAGUGCCGCUGUUUACACCGCAAUAUACACUGGAGUGCUCCAUGAUUCUCCCAUCAACCUUUUGCUCUUUCUCACUCUCGGAAUUCCUGCUGUGUGCCUUCUGGCAAUGUACUUUGUUCAGCCUUGUGAACCCUCUCUGGUGGAGACGAAUGCAGAGCAAGUCCAUUUUUUGUUUGCACAAAUGGCGAGCAUUCUUCUUGGGGUUUAUCUGGUUGGGGCUACGAUAUUGGAUCAUGUCGUGACUCUCAAUGACAUUAUGAACUAUUCUCUGCUUGUCAUUAUGGUUCUUCUCAUUUUUGCUCCCCUGGCAAUACCAUUGAAGAUGACUUUAUUCCCGAAGAAAAAACGCCCAUCAGAUUCACACUCUCCAACAACUGAUAAUGAUCACACAGAACCACUUUUGCCUUCUUCCUCCGAAUCAAACCUUGGUAAUCUUGAAGAAGAUGAUUCCUUUGACAUUGAUAUUCUCUUAGCUGAGGGUGAAGGUGCUAUAAAGCCGAAGAGAAGAAGACCAAGAAGGGGAGAAGAUUUCAGGUUUCGUGAAGCAAUACUGAAGGCUGAUUUCUGGCUUCUCUUUGCAAUAUGCUUUGUUGGGAUUGGAUCUGGAAUCACUGUUGUUAAUAAUCUAGCACAAAUAGGAAUUGCUGCAGGUGCUGUCGACACAACCAUCUCACUCUCUGUCUUCAGUUUCUGCAAUUUUUUUGGCCGGCUGGGAGGUGGUGCUGUUUCUGAGUAUCUUGUCAGGUCAAGGACACUUCCACGAAGUGUUCUGAUCAUAUGCACCCAAGUCGUGAUGAUAGUUACAUACCUGCUCUUUGCAUUGGGUCAGCUUGCCACACUUUACGUCUCUGUCGCCUUACUUGGCAUAUGUUAUGGUGUCCUGCUCUCCGUGAUAAUCUCAACCUCAUCAGAGCUCUUCGGACUAAAGCACUUUGGAAAGAUAUUCAACUUCAUCAUAUUGGCGAAUCCAGUAGGAGCAUACCUGUUUAACACCCUUGCGGGAUAUGUCUACGAUCUCGAAGUGGAAAAGCAGCAUGCCACAACAUCAGGGUCGGAUAUUGCAUGUCAUGGCCCUGAUUGCUUCAGACUCACAUUUUGUGUCCUCUCCGGCACGGCUUGCUUGGGCACAUUGUUGAGCACGGUUCUGACAGUGAGGGUCCGGCCAGUGUAUCAGAUGCUGUAUGCGGGGGGCUCCUUCAGCCAGCCCAGGAACUCUGCACAUUGA